GCAUACCGGGUCGGGCCGGAAGCAGUUGACGGGGCAGAGACUCGGUUCGGGACGCAAUGGGCAGAUGUCGUUCUCUAGAUGCUGCUGUUCAGAGGGCAAUAGGAGGAUGUUGGGGUUUGAUCGGAUGGUGGGGAGGAACAUGGUGGAGAAAAUAACGGUGAGGAUGAAUAUGGAGGAUGGUUCGAUGCAGAAUAUUUGCAUCUCCGGCGAGCUUUAGAAAGAACUAUGUAUUACAGCUAAAGCUCGCCUUCUCAGAGAUACCACACAACCUUCUUCUUAUUGCAUCAGCUGACUUCCUGAACUCAUAUCUCUUGGUACACUUCACUCGUACAUCUAUCACAACGGACCAAUCAAAAUUUUUAGGGAACCGAACUGCGACGCGACGUCAUUCCUGUCUGAAUUCUAGACGAGCCACCCUGUCCGUAGACUCCGCCUCAAUGCUACGGUUUGUCUGUGUGUGUGUUUUUCUUGUUUCUUGGUUUCUUUUUUUUUUUAUGCAUAAAACCUAUAUCACAGCCCACGACCAUCAAUCUCCAAAUAUCAAAACGAACUUUCGAGUAAAAGGGCUCCUCCCAAUUUCAGUCAAAGCUACGAAAACUAUGCCGCGCCCAUGAAAACGGCCUCAGCGAAAACUGUCCACAAACGAGUCUGAAAUUGUUCAAAACUCAUUGGUAAAGAAGCAUUCUCCAAUCCCUAUAUAAGCUCUUGCGUUCUCUCUUCUUCAUCAGCCUCAGUAAUAGACAAGAAUAAAAAAGAGUGCAUUGCAGAGAAGAGAAAAGCGUUCGGCGUCCCGAGUUACCUGCAUUAAUCCUUGCACAGCCUCUCAGCACGCUUAAUUAAGAAUCAUGGGAGGUUGUGCAAGCAGACCAAAAGACUUGGACGCCGAGCUGAAGGCGCCCGCCCCUGUCGAAGCACCAGCUGCGGUUGAUGCGCAGGCGGUGGAGGCUGAUGAGAAGGCCAAGGCUGAGACUGCUCCAGAAGAGAAUAAAGAUGGAGAUGAGGCUAAGAAGGAAGAACCCUUGGUAGAUAUAUCUGAAGAGCCUCAGGCGGCGGCCCCGAAGGCGGAGGAAACCGAAGUAGCGGGCAAGUUAGAAGCUGUUCCGGCCGAAAGCAAGGCGCAGGAAGUGACGGAGGCCAAGGAGGAAAAGAAAGAGGAGACAACGGUUGCCGCGGCUUAGAAGCCUAGCAGCAGUGGGUGAUGAUGCUGCCCGGAAGGAGGACAGAUUAACAGAAGUGGUGCAAGGCACGUGCUAGGUUUUUAUUUUCUGUUGCAUUAUUCAGAAUCGGGUAAAAUGGAGUCCUUUUUCAUGUUUAUCACUAUUUAUUUAUUAUUGAGGCUCAAAAAUAACAUGUACUAAUUCUGAAAAAUAAAUCAAAAUUUCUGUUUUUGUAGUAUUAAGCUCAUUAAUUUUAUUUUAUU